ACGGGACGCGCGUUUUUUCAAGAGUGUGCCACAAUUCUUGAGUUUGAAUAACAAAUAACGACAAAUACAAAAACAGAAAAUAAAAAUAUAUAAAAAAAACACAGUUUAAGCUCGUCAACAACGCAAUUAUUAGUUUUACGCGGCGUGGCGCAAGUUUUUCCCUAUUCUGUGUGUGUUUUAAGUGUACAAAAUAUUGAAAAUUGCAUUUUGAAGAACAACGGCGAUUUAAGUGAUUCUGAAACGAUGGCAUUACUUGGCCAACUCUCCUAAAAACCAUAAAGAUAUAAAUAAAUACAUAGUGCAUAUAAAUCCAAACAGUUAUCAUAUAUACAUAAAAAUGCGGAAAUUCGUGAAUUUGUUACUGUGCCUCAUCGGGAUCUCAUAUUUGGAUUGCUUGGUUGCAAUGCCACGCCAGAAGCGCGAGUUCGAAGAUAAUGAUAUAUACAAUUUCAAUUGUGGCGGCUCUGAAUUGUCCACGCCCCUCAUAACGCCCUGCAAGGACUCACUCAAACUGGAGGCGGGCAUAAGCUAUACGCUGCGCUGUGAGGGGAACGAGGAAAUUGUAUGGUGGCAUGGAAACGAGGGCUUAAUGACUAGCGUUCCCUUCGAGAACACAGAGGAUGCACAGCGUCCAUUUGGUAUUGCCCUCGAAAUGGUCAAUGUGAAUGUGAAUAAUGUGGGCGCGUAUUAUUGCAUCAGUGCCUCGCAGACACCGACGACAAAUAAAUGGACCGAGGAUACAUUGGUCGAGCUGGUGAAUAAUGGUCAGGCGAGCACGAUCUAUGUGUUUGUGAAUGACAAGGAACAGCUGCUGGUGCACUUGGACCCCAUCAUCUUUGCUAAACAAUUCACAGAAGUGAUUAUACCCUGCAAACCGGCCAUGCCUGAAACGGAGGUGAUGCUGACAUUCAACGGCGACACCUUUUACAGUGAGACACAGGGUCGCUAUGAUCCGAAACGGGGUUUCGUUUUCGAAAUACGAAGCCUAACCGAUGGCGGUGAAUAUUACUGUGCCCCGAAAAUACCCCUACCGGAUUAUGAAGAGGAGUCCAGCAUCAUUGAUGUGCGCUUUAUUGGUAACGGUCACAUUGAUACAUUUGGAUUGGACGAAACUUUGGUGAAGGCUGUGGUGUUAACUAAUCAAACGCACGAUGAUUUUAAAGUUAUGGUUAUCGAUGGCAAGGUCAACGAAAUCAAUAAUGUUACUAACAGUGUAAAUGAUACCGUUGCAUUAAUCCCUGGUGUUGGGCAUGCUGCAUCCGAUAUCGAUGACGACAACGAUAUCUAUUACGAUAGCAAUAGCGAUAACGAUAUCGAUAACAUCUACAUACCUGACUCUCAAAACCAAAACUCAUCGUCUCGUCGAAAGCGUAGCGAAACCAAAUUGGCCCCGAUGGCACCCUCGCCCUCAAGGUCACCAAAUGGGCAAGCGAGCGCUCGCCUCAAUAAGCCCAUCUUAAAAUCAGAGUCUAAUCAUUAUGCAUACGAGAACGAAUCCUUUGAACUAGUCUGCGAACUCUCCGCACCCCAUGGAGUCAGAUACGAUAUGCAGUGGGUCAUGCCCGACAAAGUGGAAGAGAGCCGCACCAUUAUUAAUAACGCCACAAUCGACAGUUCGGUCCAGAAUUCCACUUAUCAGUUGGGUCGCAGCACGUUGAAGGUGCGAAAUGCCAGUUUCUCGGACAAGGGUACAUACAAGUGCAUCGUGAGCGAUCAAAAUGAGAACAAAGAGUUCGCCUCCUAUCGGAUGCACAUCGUUGAGCGCAACUCCAGUUAUCUAAAUGUAUCGGAACCGACGAACAGUACAACCGUAAAGGGAGAUGUCGCUCGCACCAUACAAUUGAGAGUGAACAUCGGCAGCCAUCCGACCGCCAAAUACAAAUGGUACAAGCCAAGUGGUAUUGAGGUCUGGGAAACCGAAACGAACUUCAAGAUAAUUGACGAUGAGAUUGGCACAACGCUGCAAAUACUGAGCGCCAAGGUGGACGAUAGUGGCACCUAUGUCAUCAAAUGCAACAAUGGUUUCGAAAGCAAGGAACUCUCUUUCAAUGUGACCGUCAGCUCGGGUCCCGUUCUCAGCAUGAACGAUGUCUAUGUAGUUACUGGCCAAGAAGCCCAUCUUGAUUGUAGCGUCAAAUCAUUUCCACCGGCAGUUGUCACCUUCUCAUUUAAGCCGUGCAGCUUAAAGCCACAUUGGCCCACAUGUGGAGCCUGGCAACCUUUCAGCUCCAAAGCAGUUCAGGAACAAUAUAAGUAUAGAACGAACACUCGUCCAGGCGCAUUAAACAUAGAGACCAUUCACGAGGUAAUCUUCAUGCCCACCGAGCCCGGCUUUAUCGCUUGCAUGGCGCUAAACACGUUUAACGGUACUUCGAAUGCAUCGACCCGAGCACAUGUGCUCCUGGGCAACAUUGCGGAGAAUAUUACGAUAUCCGGUUUGAGUCCACAACGGAAGAUAGCCAAAGGAGAUGAAGUGGAUUUCACUUGUGCCGCGCUCGCUUACCAUUUCGAUGCCAAUCUGGAGUGGUAUCACAAUGGUGUACUGAUUAACGAUAUCCAAAUGGGGAGCAACAGCACAGAUUAUACGUAUACAAAGACACUCAGCUUCCGAUCCAUUGCUGACAAGGAUCGUGGCACCUACGAGUGUCGAGCCCAUUACAUCAAUAAUCCGGAGAAGUAUGACAGUCGCGAGAUCGAUGUCUAUAUUCAUGAUCCAAAGGCACCGCAAUGGAUUAAUCUGGAUACAAAGACCAAACUCAAACGUAAUUUGGGUGAUUCACUGAAUCUCGAGUGUAAAACGGAAGCCGUACCGCUGGCAACUGUCAGCUGGUUCAAGGACGACAACCUGAUCAAAGAAUCGAAUCGUACACACAUCAUCGAGGAUGGAACAAUGCUGCGCAUCAAUCAUCUCUAUCCAAGCGAUGAUGGUGUCUAUCGAUGUGUGGCCGCAAAUCGAUUGGGCAGCAUUGACAACGCCGUCACAGUGAUUAUUACCAACAUACCGGGCGUGAGUCAGUUCUGGAUUUGGUUGGGUUGCAUCUUCUUUGUCGUUCUGAUUGCGUUGUGCGCCUUCCUUGCCGUACGCUAUCGCCAGGAGCGUAAACAUAAUCUGGCCCUGAAGGCAGCCGGCUUGGCCAACUUUAUGGAUGGCGAUGUGGAGCAAAUUAAUCCGGCCAUGACACUCGAUGAACAGGCUGAAUUGUUACCCUAUGAUCGUGGCUUUGAGUUUCCACGCGAGAAACUGAAGCUGGGCAAGCAGCUGGGCGCUGGCGCCUUUGGUGUCGUCCUCAAAGGCGAGGCGGAGGGCAUACGGAAUGAUGAACCCGUCUCCAUUGUCGCCGUUAAAAUGGUUAAGCGUUCCGCGGACGCUGAAGUGGUUCGAGCACUCGUCUCCGAGCUGAAGAUCAUGGUGCACCUGGGACAACAUCUGAAUGUUGUUAAUCUGCUGGGCGCCGUCACCAAGAAUAUAGACAAACGUGAACUGAUGGUCAUUGUGGAAUAUUGUCUCUUUGGCAAUAUACAAAACUUUCUGUUGCGCAAUCGCAAGUGUUUCAUCAAUCAGAUAAAUACCACAAAUGAUCGCAUCGACUCAAUGAUAAUGACACAACGUAUCUCCGACAACUUUGAUCUCCACCGUGAUGGUGGUGGCUUGAAAUACGCUAACGUCGGUUUCCCGAACCAUCCAUAUAUAAAUCACAUGAACUCCGUAAACAACAACUAUACGCACAAUCAUCGCAGAAACUCCGAUAACGAUCCACGGGCGGGCACCAGAGCUGGCCGUACCGUAUCCGGUACCUGUAGCUACGAUCCCCAAUUGGACACGUGCGCAACCGUUAUGACAACCGUACCGGAGGAUGAUCAUUUGAUGUCGAAUAACUCAGUGCAGCCAGCAUGGCGUUCCAACUAUAAGACAGACUCCACGGAGGCGAUGACGGUGACCACCAGCGAUCUGGUCAGCUGGUGCUUCCAAGUGGCACGAGGCAUGGGCUAUCUCUCGUCGAAGAAGGUGCUGCACGGCGAUCUCGCUGCUCGCAAUAUUCUCCUCUGCGAGGGUAAUGUGGUUAAGAUUUGUGACUUCGGUCUGGCACGCUCCAUGUAUCGAGGCGAUAACUACAAGAAAUCGGAGAGCGGAAAACUGCCUAUCAAGUGGCUGGCGCUGGAAUCUCUGAGUGAUCAUGUCUUUAGCACGUACAGCGAUGUGUGGUCCUUUGGCAUUGUGAUGUGGGAGUUCUUUUCGCUGUCGAAGGUUCCCUAUCCGGGCAUCGAUCCCAAUCAGGAGCUAUUCAACAAACUGAACGAUGGAUACCGUAUGGAGAAACCACCGUAUGCCAAUCAGGAACUCUAUGAGAUAAUGCUCGAGUGCUGGCGAAAGAGUCCUGAGAGCAGACCGUUGUUCGAUGAGCUGGAAAAAAGAUUUGGCACAAUGUUGGGAGAGGAUGUGGCCACGCACUAUCUCGAUCUGAAUGAUCCGUAUAUGCGUUCGAACACGGAGUACAUGAAGAAUCGAGCCACCGACUACUUGUCGCUGAUGGGUUCCCCAACAGAGUUGGCACCGCCGGCGCCUCGUUAUGUCAAUGGACACAUUGUGCCCGAUAUACGUAUCGAAGAAUCGCCUGAUGAUUAUCUACAAAUGAGUAGUGAGAAAAACAUCGCCAUCUUUUCACCCACGCGUCCAAAUCAAAACAGCGACUUUGAUGAAAUGCCAGCCAUACAAACAAGCGAAACCUCUUUCACCUUCCCAGAUAUGUCUGCCCCCCAACCCCAUUCCCAGCAUCAGCAGCAGCACUCGCCAACACUGGCCAACAACAUGGACAGCAGCAGUGGCAAUAAACCGUUGCGUCGCAAAAAUGGCCUGCCCCAUGUGGAUGCAGCGGAUCAGGCGCCCGAAGAGAUACCCAUGCUGCAUGCCACAGCCAAUUCGGAUGGCGAACGCAGUCCGGAACAGUCGCGUCGCUUUCCCAAGGCAUAUGCCAUGCCCACAGCGUCUCCCCGUCAUCACAUCGAGACGCAGCUAAAUGGAAGCAGCAGUAGCAGCAGCGGUGGCAGUGGCAGCAACACUGGCGACAACUAUGUCAAUGUGAAGCCGCCACGCAAGAAUCUGGUCAAUAAACCGACAGGCGGCGGCAGUGAUGCAUUCUCCAAUCCCAGCUAUCAGCCCCUCGCCAAGGUCAACGAGGAGGAGCGACGCUAUUAAAUCAAUCCAUCAAUCAAUCAAUAAAAAUCGAAAAAUACAAACAAAAAAAAAAGAAAACCCAAAAGGAAUCGUGGCAUUUGUCGAUAUUUUGUUAUAGUUCUAAGAAACACACACAACACACGCCCCGCCCACACAUAUACACUGUAUAAAGUAUAGUGCCAGUAUUUCGUGUAAUUGA